AUGGCAGGUCCUGUUCGCCAAGGAAUUGACAUCCCUUCUCUAGAAAGGUAUAUCAAUAACAAUGUCCCGCAUAUAUCAACACCUAUAGAGGUGAAACAGUUCGGUUUCGGCCAGUCCAAUCCGACCUACCUCCUGACCCCUCAGAGCGAAGGCCGUCGCUACGUCCUCCGCAAGAAACCCCCCGGGCAGCUCCUCUCCAAGACAGCACAUCAGGUCGAGCGCGAGUACCGCAUUCUCCAUGCGCUGAGGGAUACAAAUGUCCCGAUUCCCAGGGUAUACGUCUUAUGCGAAGACGAGAGUGUUAUUGGGACCGCAUUCUACAUCAUGGAAUUCCUGGAUGGCCGGGUUUUUACGGACCCGUUGAUGCCGGGGGUUUCUGCCCGUGAGAGAGGCGCGAUGUGGCGCUCCGCAAUCACCACGCUCAUGAAUCUACAUACCCUCUCUUACAGCGCCCUUGGCCUGGAGAACCUGGGCAAGAACUCGGGCUUCUACCGGCGGCAAGUCAGAACAUUUACUUCGUUGAGCAGACACCAAGCUACGACGACAGACGUCGAGACCGGCGUCCCCAUCGGCCCUCUCUCCCACCUAGAAGAGAUGGCCUCCUUUUUUGCAGAACCAGCAAACCAGCCAAAGGACAGGACGACCAUCGUCCAUGGCGACUACAAGAUUGACAACCUUAUCUUCCACAAGACGGAACCCCGCGUUAUCGGUGUCUUAGACUGGGAGAUGGCGACGCUAGGCCAUCCCCUUUCGGAUGUUGUCAGUCUCGUCGCACCUUUUCUUCCGCAUACCUGGGGUGUCGACAAUACUCCUUCGAGUCUUAGUCCUCCCAUACCCGAAUCUAACCUGGAAGCGAGCGGCUUGCCCAGUCUAGAGGAUUGCCUACUACUCUAUCGGCAGUCUGGCUAUGAUGUGCGGAGCGACUUAGCCUGGGGACGAGCGUUCGCGGGCUUCCGUGGCGCCGUUAUCAUGCAGGGUAUUGCGGCGAGGUAUGCCCGGAGGCAGGCGAGUAGUGCCUCAGCGAGGGAGUUCGGGGCUAUGGCGUGGCCGACGGCGGAAGGGGUCUGGAAGUUGGUUUGCGAAUUGAAGGCGAAGGGGACAAUAAUAGGCCGGCUCAUAUACAAGCCACGGUCCGUUCCAGGAUCUUAA